UCCCUAAGGAGUGGGCAGCCAGAUUUUGGACGCAGCCUCUCUGGAUGAUAUGUGAUGCUUUGCAGUGUCCGUUCUUCUCCAUCUUUUUUGUCUUUUUCUCACUCCACGGUAUCCGGUAACCCAUGGACUUUGUCCCCGUCAGCAUGGCACGCUUUGGGGAUGAAGUACCGGCCCGUGGCGGAGGUGGCGCAGGACGCGGAAGCCGGCAGGGCGGGCCCCCGGGGGCCCAGCGGAUCUACAAACAGUCAAUGGCACAGAGGGCCCGCACCAUGGCACUAUACAACCCUAUCCCUGUGCGGCAGAACUGCUUCACUGUCAAUCGUUCACUCUUCCUCUUCAGCGAAGACAACGUGGUGAGGAAAUACGCCAAAAAAAUCACCGAAUGGCCUCCUUUUGAAUACAUGAUUCUAGCAACUAUCAUUGCAAACUGCAUUGUUUUGGCUAUGGAACAGCACCUGCCAGUGGGGGACAAGACUCCAAUGUCAGAGCGUCUGGAUGACACAGAACCAUAUUUCAUUGGUAUAUUCUGCUUUGAAACUGGAAUUAAAAUUAUUGCUUUGGGAUUUGCAUUUCAUAAAGGAUCAUACUUACGUAACGGAUGGAAUAUGAUGGACUUUGUGGUGGUUCUGACAGGAAUUGUGGCAUCUACAGGGCCAGAGUUUGACCUGAGGACCCUCCGGGCCGUGCGUGUCUUGAGACCCCUGAAACUUGUGUCUGGAAUUCCAAGUUUACAAGUGGUGCUGAAGUCUAUCAUGAAAGCCAUGAUUCCCUUGCUCCAGAUCGGGCUGCUGCUUUUCUUUGCAAUCCUCAUCUUUGCCAUCAUUGGUUUGGACUUUUAUAUUGGCAAAUUCCACACAUCCUGCUAUGACCUUGCUGGAGAAGACAUAAAGGUGGAAGGUCUUUGUGGUAAUGAUACCAAUUCACGGCACUGCCCAAAUGAUACAGCAUGCUUGGCUCGCUGGGAAGGUCCCAAUAAUGGUAUCACUCAAUUUGACAACAUCCUGUUUGCAGUGCUGACUGUCUUUCAAUGCAUCACUAUGGAGGGAUGGACAGAUAUUUUGUACUAUAGUAAUGAUGUCUUUGGUAGUACGUGGAACUGGCUGUAUUUUAUACCUCUUAUUAUCAUUGGUUCCUUCUUCAUGUUGAACCUUGUUCUUGGUGUCCUUUCUGGGGAGUUUGCUAAAGAAAGAGAACGUGUGGAGAACAGACGAGCAUUCAUAAAACUAAAGAGACAGCAGCAGAUUGAGCGGGAGCUAAAUGGCUACAUGGAGUGGAUCUCAAAAGCAGAAGAAGUUAUUCUGGCUGAAGAUGAUAGUGAUGUUGAGCAGAGACUUCCUUACGAUGGAGCCCUACGGAGACCCACUAUCAAGAAGAGCAAAACGGACCUUUUAAACGCAGACGAGGGAGAAGAACCUAUAGGAGAUAUAUCUUCUGUGGGUUCUCCAUUCGCCCGUGCCAGCAUUAAAAGUGCCAAGCUAGAGAAUGCAUCAUACUUGCAUAAAAAGGAGCGACGCUUACGUUUUUACAUCCGAAGAAUGGUGAAGACGCAAGCCUUCUACUGGGUGGUUCUGAGUCUUGUGGCACUAAACACGCUGUGCGUGGCAAUUGUGCACUAUGCCCAGCCAGAUUGGCUCACUCAAUUUCUCUAUUUUGCAGAAUUCAUUUUUCUUGGACUCUUUAUGUCCGAAAUGUUUUUAAAAAUUUACGGUCUUGGGGCCAGGCCUUAUUUCCAUUCCUCAUUUAACUGCUUCGACUGUGCUGUGAUCACUGGUAGCAUAUUUGAGGUGAUUUGGGCAAUGAUAAAGCCUGGAACCUCCUUUGGGAUCAGCGUCUUAAGAGCCCUCCGCUUGCUGCGCAUCUUCAAGGUUACAAAGUACUGGGCCUCUCUUCGUAACCUAGUGAUCUCCCUGCUCAGCUCUAUGAAAUCCAUCAUCAGUCUGCUGUUCCUGCUCUUCCUUUUUAUUGUUGUCUUUGCCUUACUGGGGAUGCAGCUGUUUGGUGGGCAAUUCAAUUUUGAUGAGAAGACCCCUUCUACAAACUUUGACAACUUCCCUGCAGCAAUAAUGACAGUAUUUCAGAUCCUAACUGGAGAAGACUGGAAUGCAGUGAUGUAUGACGCUAUUAAGGCCCAGGGUGGGGUGAAUUCUGGCAUGGUGUUCUCUAUCUACUUCAUCAUACUCACACUCUUUGGUAACUAUACUCUGCUGAAUGUAUUCUUGGCCAUCGCUGUGGACAACCUCGCCAAUGCCCAGGAACUGACCAAGGAUGAGCAGGAGGAAGAGGAGGCGGCCAAUCAGAAGCUGGCACUGCAGAAAGCUAAAGAAGUAGCUGAGGUCAGCCCCCUCUCUGCUACCAACAUGUCUAUAGCAGCGAAAGAGCAGCAGAAGAAUCAGAAAACCGCUGUGUCUGUUUGGGAGCAGCGCACAAGUGAAAUACGUCGACAGAACAUUAUGAACAGCAGGGAGGCACUUUACAGUGAACUGGAUCCCGAUGAACGGUGGAAGUUGUCCUUUAUGAGGUCUGAUGUGAAGACUCACCUGGAUCGACCACUGGUGGUGGAUCCUCAAGAGAAUCGAAACAACAACACCAACAAAAGCCGUCCUGGGGAGGGAAAGACCCCAUUAGAGCAACGUCUAUCUCAUGAGCGGGCAGAAGAAUAUCUUCGCAAGCAAGCAAGAUUUAAGGAGCGUGGAGGGCGGGGGUAUGAUAUAGCGCAAGAGCCUGUGCGCCGACCACGGAACAAGGAGCAGGACAUUAACCGUGAUGGGCAGGACUUUGGGCUUCAGGACAGGACAGGGGAGAUUGAUGGAGGGGUACGCCUUCCCCAGGAUCCUCACAGAAGACAUAGGGGAGGAGUGAGCAAGGAGAGUCGGAGUGGGUCCCCUCUGCCAAGGGGUGAUGCUGAUCACCGAAGGCACAGGGGACAUCGCAGAACAGGAGAUGAGUCAGAGGAUGUGGGUGGAGGAUGGAGGGGAGGAGAUGGUGGAGGAGAAAGGAGAACUCGACAUAGUAGAGAUGGGGGGAAAAUAAGGGAAGUUGGUGGAGGGGAAAAUGAAGGCACGGAUGGGGAUAGGAGGAGGAGGCCACGCCACACUGCACAGUCCACCUAUGAGAAUGAUGUGAAGAGGGAUGACAGAGAAAGGAGACAUCGCAGGAGGAAGGACACAAAUGCCCCAGUUCCAAACUCUGGUCCAAAUCUCUCCACCACAAGACCCAUUCAAGACCGUUCCCGUCAAGAAACCCAAAACCAGCACCCUGAGAACAUGGAUAACAUUCGCAACACCAAGCUUGUGACCAGUGAGCCCCCAGCAACUGUAGGUGGGGGAGGCCUCAACCAUAGCCCUGCCAAACUUGGCAAUCACACCAACUGCGCCAACAACAACAGCAUCCCCACUGGGAACUCUGUUCCUCGAAGGACACCUCUUCCCACCAGCUCUGGGCCUCCCCCAACCGCUCCCGACCCCAGCCAAUUACACAGCAAUCCAACAGAGACUGCCAAGGGAACUAAAACCACUGAACAGACUGCUGUGGAUAUUCCUCCCCCCUUCCCACCACCAGUGGAGAAUGCUAUUGGACAGGUUAAUAAGACAGUCGCAGUUUCCCCACUGCCUCAGAAGGAGAUUGAGAAGAAGGAGGAGGAGGAUAAUGAGAGUGAUGGAGGGAAGGGUCCCAAGCCAAUGCCUCCUUAUAGCUCCAUGUUUAUUUUGUCAACCACUAACCCUCUCCGCAGGCUCUGCCAUUACAUUGUCACCAUGCGGUACUUUGAAAUGUGCAUCUUGUUAGUGAUCGCCAUGAGCAGUAUAGCCCUGGCUGCGGAGGACCCUGUGCAACCAGACGCCCCUCGGAACAAUGUCCUGCGUUACUUUGACUACGUGUUCACAGGAGUCUUCACAUUUGAAAUGGUUAUCAAGAUGGUGGACCUGGGCAUCAUUCUCCAUCAAGGAGCAUACUUCCGGGAUUUGUGGAACUUUCUCGAUUUCAUUGUUGUCUGUGGUGCACUGGUGGCUUUCGCCUUCUCAGGUGGGAGCAAAGGAAAAGACAUCAGUACCAUAAAGUCCCUGCGUGUGCUUCGCGUCCUACGACCGCUGAAAACCAUCAAGCGUCUGCCCAAACUAAAGGCUGUGUUUGACUGUGUAGUAAACUCUUUGAAGAAUGUGCUGAACAUCCUCAUCGUGUACAUGCUGUUCAUGUUCAUCUUUGCUGUGGUGGCUGUCCAACUCUUCAAGGGGAAGUUUUUCUACUGCACCGAUGAAUCUAAGGAGUUUCAGAGGGACUGUCGGGGGGAGUACCUGGUGUAUGAGAAAAAUGAGGUGAAAGCUCAAAGACGGGAAUGGAAAAAGUGGGCGUUCCACUACGACAAUGUACUCUGGGCAUUGCUUACACUCUUCACAGUAUCUACAGGCGAAGGCUGGCCAGAUGUGCUCAGACACUCUGUGGAUGCCACAUAUGAAGACCAAGGUCCAAGGCCAGGAUUUCGAAUGGAGAUGUCUAUCUUUUAUGUGGUUUAUUUUGUAGUAUUUCCCUUUUUCUUUGUCAACAUUUUCGUGGCCUUGAUUAUCAUCACUUUCCAGGAGCAAGGAGACAAAAUGAUGGAGGAGUACAGCCUGGAAAAGAAUGAGAGAGCAUGUAUUGACUUUGCUAUAAGUGCCAAGCCUCUCACCCGUCAUAUGCCGCAGAACAAGCAAAGUUUCCAGUAUCGGAUGUGGCAGUUUGUAGUAUCCCCACCCUUUGAAUACACCAUCAUGGCCCUUAUUGCUCUCAACACAAUUGUCCUAAUGAUGAAGUUCCACGGAUCUUCCAGUACAUAUGAUUAUGUGCUGAAGACAUUUAACAUCGUCUUCACCUCUCUCUUUUCUCUUGAGUGUUUGCUCAAGAUCAUGGCUUUUGGUGCCCUGAAUUAUUUCCGAGAUGCCUGGAAUAUCUUUGAUUUCGUGACGGUCCUUGGAAGCAUCACUGAUAUAAUAGUCACAGAGUUCUGGGACAACUUCAUCAACCUCAGUUUCCUGCGUCUAUUUCGAGCAGCCCGUCUCAUUAAACUCCUGAGGCAGGGUUAUACCAUUCGCAUCCUGUUAUGGACCUUCGUCCAGUCUUUCAAGGCGCUGCCCUACGUCUGCCUCCUGAUCGCUAUGCUAUUCUUUAUUUAUGCCAUCAUCGGCAUGCAGGUAUUUGGUAACAUUGCUCUGGAUGAAGAAGACGAUGACACGGCUAUUACAGAGCACAAUAACUUUCGCACUUUCUUCCAAGCCCUCAUGCUCCUAUUCCGAAGUGCCACUGGAGAGGCUUGGCAUGACAUCAUGCUGUCCUGUUUGGGUGGGAAACCCUGUGACAAGGGAUCUGGAUUAAAAGACAAGGAGUGCGGCAGUGAAUUUGCUUAUUUCUACUUUGUGUCCUUCAUAUUCCUCUGUUCCUUUCUGAUGUUGAAUUUGUUUGUUGCUGUCAUCAUGGAUAAUUUUGAGUACCUGACCCGAGACUCGUCCAUCUUGGGCCCUCACCACUUGGAUGAAUAUGUACGAGUUUGGGCAGAGUAUGACCCAGCUGCUUGGGGUCGCAUGAAAUACACAGACUUGUAUGAGAUGCUCAGACUUAUCUCGCCUCCCUUGGGUCUGGGGAAGAAAUGCCCUGCUCGAGUUGCUUAUAAGAGAUUGUUAAGAAUGGACCUUCCCGUUGCUGAUGAUAACACAGUGCACUUCAAUUCCACUCUCAUGGCGCUCAUCAGAACAGCGUUGGACAUUAAGAUUGCCAAGGGUGGAGUUGAUAAGCAGCAGAUGGAUAAUGAGCUGAGAAAAGAGAUGAUGGCCAUUUGGCCAAAUUUGUCCCAGAAAACUCUUGAUCUGUUGGUCACACCACACAAAUCUACAGACUUAACAGUGGGGAAGAUUUAUGCAGCGAUGAUGAUUAUGGAGUAUUACAGACAGAGCAAGGCAAAAAGACUACAGGCACUGCAAGAGGAACAGAAUCGGACCCCACUCAUGUUCCAAAGGAUGGAGCCUCCAUCUCCGGAUGGAAACCAGGGACUUAAUGCUUUGCCCUCUUCCCAGCCAGGGGGAGAAAUGAAUAUACCCGAGGGUGGUAUGAAGGAAAGUCAAUCCUGGAUGACAGAAAGGGCUCAGAAAAUGUUCCAGAAGACUGGUACCUGGAGUCCAGAGAGGGGGCGUACCCAGGACAACACUAACAGUUGGCCCAAUUCCCAGUCAGUGGAAAUGAGAGAAAUGGCAUUAGAUGGUUUUUCUGACAGCGAGCAGUACCUGGUGAUUGAGGGACACGGGAGGGCAGCCUCCAUGCCACGACUACCAGCUGACAAUCAGCCACGAAGGAAAGCCCGGGCCCGAGGGAUUAAUCUCAGUACCAUUACUGACGGAAGCCCAAUGAAGCGAUCUGCCUCCAUGCUUGGUCAAUCCCGGUCCAGAGGCAAUAGACUAGAUGAUUAUUCCUUGGAAAGAGUGACCCCUGAGGAAGGAUCCCGUCACAACCAUCAACGUAGACGCGAGCGGGGACACCGUGUGUCAGAGAAAUCCCUUAACAGAUACGGAGAUCUGGAAUCAGGUCUUGGUACAGAGCUUAGUACCACAACACAGUCAUGUGACCUACCUUCUGAGGAGCGUGGACGUACCCGAGAUCGAAAGCACCACCAUCAUCAUCACCACCACCAUCAUCACCACCACCACCAUGCCGGGUCAGAUCGGGAGCGACUGGAGUAUGGAAGGCCAAAUUCCCGCUCGCCUAGUGCGGGCAGAGACUAUGCCCCACACAGACAGGGCAGUAGUUCAGUGGAUGGCAGCCCCGUGCCCUCAACCUCUGGGGCCAGCACACCCCGCAGAGGAAGGCGACAGCUGCCCCAGCUGCCCCCAACCCCCAGGCCACGCGUUACCUACUCUCCAGUGGUCCGCCGGCCUGCCAGCGUCUGUCCCCCCCAGCAGCAACAUCAGAGCCCUUGCAGAAUUGCCCCACUCUCAAGGAGGUAUCCUCAGUGUGAGAGCCACCCAGGAGGCAAUGAGAGAUGGGCUACUCACAAUGACUCUCCCCGAUCCCACCGCCACACCAGAGGACAUUGUUCUGAUGCGCCCCGCGCUGGAUGCAGGCACAGCGGCCCUUACCGAGAUUCCUCCUAUGAAGGCCCCCAUCCCUGUGACCAGCGCUCCUCCAGGACUGCCGACUCCGGGGGGGGACCCCCUCUUUCGCCACAUGGGCGCAGGCUGCCCAACGGCUACUCCCAUGGGACCCCGCGACCCACAAAAUCUCGUCACGAACGUUACAGUGAGAGUGAGGAGGACGACUGGUGCUAA